GACUGUUUUACUUGUAGAACGUAAUCGGUCACCAUAGGAACCGGGACCGAUUAGGUGUCAACCCUUUCGAAAUUCAUGAGUGCGCUUUUUCAGAUUUUAUGCAGCUACCAAAGGCUAAACUUCCUCGCCUGAAGAACAUUAUAGGGUGUUAUUAGCCAACAUGGCUGAGGACAGCGAGUGGGUUGUGGAGAGCAUCGCUGGAUAUUUGUCAAGUCCCGAAUGGGUCAUACCAGUUACGGACUUCAUGGAAAGCAAAUGUACAGUUUUUGAUGACGAAGAUGAGAAUAAAUUGACUUAUACAGAUAUCCAUCAGCAGUACAAGCAUUUGGUGGAGAAGUUGUUAGAAACCUACAUGCAAGAGGUUGGCAUCAAUGAGCAGCAGUUUUUGGAGGCAUGCUCCUCUCCUUUUGCCAAGUCCAAAACCUUACAGGCUGUAUUCCAUCCCGUCCUGGCCACAGAUGACUUCCAGAUGUUCAGGGCUCUCAUGGUACAGAAGAAUAUGGAGCUGCAGCUCCAGGCACUGCGUGUCAUUAAAGAGAGAAAUGGCGCUCUACCUGAGUGUCUCACAGAUGGAGCAGAUGUGAUGAGUGAGCUGGAGAAGCAGGAGCUGAAGAUUCUUCAGGAGGUGCUCAAGAUGUCAAAGGAUGAAUAUGACCAAGAGAUGGCUCUGAGACUGCAGUCAGAGGAGGAGAUUGGCUCCACGUCCAGAAGCUGCUCUGAUAGGCCACUUCUAGAAGCAGCCAGCAUCCAGACGACCGCCUCCACUCAACAGACAAACACCACCAACAAGGUGAACAGUACAUCUCAGAGGAAAGAGCCUGCUGUAGCUGGAAGUGGUGGACAGAUAAGUCCAGCCAAGACCAGCACAUUUGCCCUUUCUAAGUUGCCAUCAGAGCGGCACAGUGCAGAGCCAAGGAUCCUGCCUGCAGUGAGGGUUCCAGUGAAGGGCACUGAGCCUCCGACUGUCUCUUGGGAGAAGGGGAGCAGCAGCCCGGCUGCAGAGGGAUGGAUAGAAGAGGCACGUAAGGAGGCUGGCAUCUCCAAGCCAUUCACAGAGUUGUCAGCAGAGCAGCAAGAGCAACUCCAGCAAAGGGCACUGUACCUGAGGCAGCAGAGGGACAAGCUUCAGGCCAUGAAAAAAGAGCAGAGACCCAAACCAGCCACACCAGAAACCCCAGCACCCACUCCCAGCACACCGGACGAUGGUCCCAAAAUGAACGGGGGUGGUGCUAGUAUAAAUGAAGAGAGGGUCAAUGCACCCCAGCCUGUGAGCUCUCCUUUGGGGGGACAGGAGAAGCAACCCAAGGAGAUCUCUGUCGAAGAAAAAAAGAAGUUGCAGAAAAGAAAACAUCUGGCAGAAAAACUGAAAGAGGAAGUCAUCAAAAAGUAAAACUGCAAUAUAUCCCCCCCCAGAGUGUAACUGUAGACCAACUGGACCAUCAAUUCAUUGGGAAGCUGAGAUGGACUGUGCUUGUGAAGGGGCAACAGGAAAUGUGCAUUUGUAAUGGAAUGUACUAUUUCAAUGGUUAUUGAUAGUCUUAAAAGGGAAUGACACAUUGGUUUCCUUACCCUAUAAGCAGUCUAUGGGCAAGGUGACAACAAUCCAUGCUUUGGUUUAGUUUCCCUGGCACUGAUUUGGAAAUUAUGCACAAACUAUUCUAAUAUUGGUCCUAUGACUUGAAUAUGAUUUGUUCCACAAAUGGUUAAAUGUUAGCAUGUGUUAACAGUGCCAGGGAAACGAAACCAAUGUAUGAAUUGCUGUCAUACCUGGUCUAUAGACUGCUUACAGGGUAAGUAAUUUUGUAAUUUGGGUGAACUAUCCCUUUGUAUAAUAUGUGGUUUAAUAAAUACAUUUUUUUUU